AUGCCAUAAACGCUAGCAUAGCCUAGCAUCUUUAUGGUAUUUUCUUUUAAAAACCUCCUGAGUGUGCAGAAUCAGAAACUGUGGAUGUGUGGAUGAUGGCAGCAAUCCACCAGUGACCUUUGAGAUUAUUUACAACAGAGAAGCCUAGCUACCGGGGGACUGGGGAGUGCCUGACUACUGACUGUGGUGGUUGGUGAUUGCAGUGUCGGCAGAGAGCGAAGGGUAAAGGGAAGGUAACUCAUUAACACCACAGAACGACUGUCGUGACGCCAUCUCGGCCUACCUGAAUGACUGCUUGUCAUGUAAGCCUGCAGCAGAAAGACCAACCCAGAGACCGACAGACAGGCUAGGAGGCUGACCGCAAAACACACACACACACACUGUCACAUACUGACACACACUGUCACUCACACGACACAGGAGCACCGUGCGUCUACCAGACCAAUAGACAGGAGAGGACAAUCGGAGUGAGCUGUGGCCCAGCUGCACGCACCCUAGCACAUGUAGGCAAUCAGCGGCUGCAGCGACGGCGACCUGAGUCAUUGUAGUGGGAGUCUAGCCAGCCUCCUAACCCAGCCUGGAGCCACUUCACCCAGCCAGGCAACAGCCAUGGACCCUCUGGAGCAGGAAUACAAGUCGCCGUUUGACUUUGAGCAGGGGGUGAAUACCAGCUACCUCUAUUUGUCCCCCAGUGUCAAUGUAACACCACCGGGCUCACCGCAAGUGACUGUCAGAGCCAGAGGUGCUGUGAGACCAGACUCUAUCCCAGAGGUAGGGGAGGAUGCAGUGACGUCAGUGACCGUGUCCCCUUCCAUCCCCACCCUGACAGAGGAGGAACAGGAGGAACUACGAGGUGAACUGCUCAAGGUGGAGGAUGAAAUCUUGACUCUGUCUCAGGUGCUGGCAGCUAAGGAGAAGCAGGUGGCAGACAUCAAGAGGAAGCUGGGCAUCACUCCUCUCAACGAGCUCAAACAGAACAUCAGCAAGAGCUGGCAGGAGGUCACCACCUCUACCGCCUAUAAGAAGACGUCAGAGGGCCUGUCCGUAGCUGGUCAGAAGGCCACGGCAGCCUUCACCAGCAUGGGCUCAGCCAUCAGCAGGAAGUUUGAGGACGUCAGAUUGCAGUCUAUUUCCAAUUCCUUUGGCAUACGCUCCCUACAGCAUUCUGCUAGUAUGCCCGUGAUGAGGAACACACCCACCUUUAAGUCGUUUGAGGAGAAAGUCGAGACUUUAAAGGUCAAGAUGAGCCCGACAGCGUCUCAGGGUGACUUUGGCGACGUGUUGACCUCUACAGCGACCUCUGACCCUUCUGUUCCCGUGGAGAAACAGCCAGAGGCCACGCCCAUUGCCACCCAGGAGGAACAGCCCCACUGAGACCUGCCUGACCUUUCACCCCUGACCCCUAGCCAGGCUGACAUCCACUAGAACAUACCCUCUUUCCCCUUCUGUCUCCCCUCUUUCUGUUCUCUUUCUCACCUCCUCUCUACAACCCUAUAGCACAAAACAACAGAACCAACUACUAAAAAAGAAAAACGAGUUUCCCCAGGAACUUUCUUUUAAAAUUGUAAUUAAGUUAUGAAAAUAUUGUUGUGACACCAUAACAUUUAUAGGUUUCUACGACUGUGUUUCUAUUCGAAUGUCCAUGGUUUAGGAACCUGCACAAGUAGAAUAAUAUACAUUACACCUAAUGAGGAAUAUAAUUGAAUCUCACAGCAAGUGAUGGUUCAUGAAGUUAUAAUAGCACAAAACCAAUUGGUUCAUACAGGCCCAUAUAUUUGCAUGUCUUUGAGUACUAACAGGCAUUUUUUUUUUUUUUUUUUUGAUGUUCUCCAAUUUCCCUGUACUCCAAUCACUGUAAUACUCUCGGAUUUAAUUUCUAGUCUAACACUGAAGUGUCUGUCUGUCUCACACCAUUUAUUACUAUCACCAAUAUCUUCAUUCUCUGUCUGAAUUGCACCAGUAAUGUGGUAUAGAGCACAGCUGAGUAGAGUUAAUCCCAGAUCUGUGUAGCUCACACACUCCUCUCACAUCUUAACCAUAUGGGGGUGGUCUAAAUCUGACCUCCGAGCAGUUCAUAGUGCUUAACUCUGACAUCAGAGAGGGUGGGCCAAUGCAUCCAGAUCAGUGUGUAAUGAUAGUCGCAGAUGCAUGAUUGGGUAUAAUGGUGUGUUUACAUCACUCACAGCCUCACGGCAUGGUGGGCCAAAGUCCAUAUUGGGGCACUUGUCUCACUGGUUCUCUACUGUUGAAUGAUAUAUGAAUGUAGUUGUUUUUGUUACCGUCAGUGAUUUUCAUCGUUUACCUUUUCAUAAAGAUGUGCAAUUUUCCUCAAAUUGGAUAUAUACUAUUCUCGACCUAGACUAAUAACUCGAUUUUCCCCAUGUGUUGGUAUUUCAUUUCUCUAAAGUGUAUGUGGUGUGAUAAUACAUUGUUUUCUAUUGACUUUC